CCUAGGGAACCAGCACCCCGGGGCCAGGCCACACCAGCUGGCUUCAUGAUUCUCUCUGUGCCCGCCUGGGGAGGCCCUGGAUGGUUCCUUAUCAAAGCAGCCUGCUCCUUGAUAUCCACGUGUGCGGGGCUGCAGCGCUGCCCGCCCCCGCCAGGUGCCGCCCGGUUCGGUUCGGUUCGGGGCUGCAGCGCUGCCCGCCCCCGCCAGGUGCCGCCCGGGGGCGGAGGGGAGGAGUUUGACUCGAAGUUUUGAGCCGAGAGUGAACUUUCCCUUGGGAAUCGGGAGUGGACCUGGGACUGAGCGCGCAGGUCCGGCCCGGGGCAGUGAGCUCGGAACCGAACCAGUGGGGACCGGGCCGGGGUAGCACGAUCGGAACCGGGACCGCAGGCUCCCCGUUCGCCCACCCGCUGUGGGUUGCAACCCAGACCGCGGCGGCUCCGAUCCCCCAGAGAUUUGGACCGGGCCGGUCCCGGCUGCGCCAGGAUGUUCUGCCGGAACCACCGGAGCCGAGUGACCGUGGCGCGGGGCUCAGCCCUGGAGAUGGAGAUCCGGAGGGGCCGCUUCAGGCUCAGCCUCCUCGGGGACACCCCCCAGGACACUGACAUCCAGAAGAAGAUUGACCAUGAGCUCCGGAUGCGCGAAGGCACCUGCAAGCUGCUGGCAGCCUGCACGCAGCGGGAGCAGGCCCUGGAGGCAACCAAGAGCCUUCUGGUCUGCAACAGCCGCAUCAUGGCCUACAUGUCUGAGCUGCAGCGCAUGAAAGAGGCGCAGGUCGCGCAGCGGACGGCCCGGCGCCCCUCGGACGCUGGCCCCAUGGACGAUCGCUUACCCUGCAGGGGAAAGGUCUGUGUGUCAGAUCUCCGGAUCCCCUUGAUGUGGAAGGACACGGAGUAUUUCAAAAAUAAGGGAGACCUGCACCGCUGUGCCGUGUUCUGCCUGCUGCAGCUCGGCGUGGAGAUCUAUGACACCGAGAUGGUGCUGGUGGACCGGACGCUCACCGACAUCUGCUUCGAAAAUGGGGUCCUCUUCACGGAGGCAGGCCCGGACUUCGAGCUGAAGGUGGAGCUGUACAGCGUGGGGCUGGAGGAGGACUCUGCGCUUGGUAGCACCCCGAAGAAGCUGGCCAGCAAACUGAGCAGCUCACUGGGACGCUCCUCCGGGAAGCGGCUGCGUGCGGCGUUGGAUGGGGCCCCGGGGAGCCCCGUGAGUAAUGGGGGGAGCAGCCCGCUCCUGCUGCCGGCCCCCAGCGUGGUGGGCCCCAAGUACCACCUACUGGCCCACACCGCGCUCUCCCUGGCUGAGGUUCAGGACAGCUUCCGCACCCAUGACUUGGCCAUCACCAGCAAUGAGGAGAGCUCCUUCUGGCUGCCCCUCUAUGGCAGCAUGUGCUGCCGUCUGGCUGCCCAGCCCAACUGCAUGGCCCAGCAGAUGAUGUGCGGCUUCUUGAAAUUGCAACAGCAGGUGGGCGAGCAGCAGAGCUGGGCGCGGCUGUACUGCGUGCUGCGGGGCUCCAACCUCCUCUGCUACCGCCAGCCCCAGGACGCCGAGGCCCCGGUGGAGCCGGCGCUUACCAUCGCCAUCAACAAGGAGACGCGGAUCCGGGCCACGGAGAAGGACCCCAGGAACAAGCUGCAGAGCAUGUCGGUGACCAACCGCUAUGGGGGGGAGGAGGUGACGCACACGCUGCUGGCGGAGAGCCGGGCCGACACGCAGCGCUGGAUGGAGGCCUUCUGGCAGCACUUCUACGACCUGAGCCAGUGGAAGCAGUGCUGCGAUGAGCUCAUGAAGAUCGAGGUGCCGUCCCCACGCAAGCCCCCAGCCCUGCUGGCCAAGCAGGGCUCCCUGUACCACGAGAUGGCUAUUGAGCCUGUGGAUGACAUUGAGGCCGUGACGGACAUCCUGGCACGACGGGUGACGGCCCUCGAGCUGCGGUCGGACCUGGGCUGCCCCCCAUGGCUGUCUCUCUUCGAGGGGCCCCUGCUCAGCGCGUCCCACGCCAGCAUCACUUCCGACAGCCCCAGCCCCAGCCCCGCUCGCUCACGCCCGGCCUGGGGCCGGCCCCGCACGCUCUCCCUGGACGCCAGGCUCAGCACGCUGAAGGGGCGUGCUGGGAAGGGCCAGGCCCCUGCCCUGCGCCCGCUGGCCGGCCCCCCCCCCUCCGGCUCCUCCAGCAGCCGUGGCAACAGCCCCGAGUCGGAGCGCCAGGGCCGCUGCCCCACCCGCCCCACCCUGGAGCCCCGCAGCGGCCUGCAGUCCCAGGUCUGAUCAGCAGGGGGCGCCGGGAGCUGGCACUUGCAGCCUGACCAGGACUGGAGGUGACGGGGGAGGGGCCCCCCCGGCAGGGGCCCCCCAUGGCCCAGCCAGCCCUACGGCCUCCCUGCUCCAGCCGGGAGUGCCGGGUCGGUGUCUGUUCUCCGUCCUGCACAGCGGCACCUCUCCACCCCGUCCUCCCCCUGAGCCCGUGCCCCAGGGGCCAUCGCUCACGCAGGGCCAAGGGACCCCCCCGGGGACUGGCUUGUAGGGAUACCACAGCAGGGCCCCCUCGUACCCACCCGGGGCAUCCCUUGCGAGGUCCCCGGCAUCUGCUGGGGAGGGCUGUUAGGAACGGCCGGCCGAGCCCCCAGCCUGGGGCCCAGGGCCCACUCGCUCCCCUGGCUGAGCUGAGCCCUGAGCCAAGGGCCUGCCCCAGAGGUGCUGAGCUCACCCCCCAGUCCCCACUGCCCAGACAGACACAGAGGAAGCGGGGCAGCCUCUGGGCUGGUGCCCACGUUGUGGGGAGGGCCGAGCUGUUCUCAGUCUGGCGUCAGAGCAAAGGCUGAACACGGGGGGGCUUUGGGACAAAAAACUGGAAAUUUUUUGCCACAGGUGACACUAACGGGGAGGGGCAGGGCCUGAGGAUUCCCGAAUUCCAGCUCUAAUGGCUUUUCCUCACUUAUUCUAACCAGCCCCGUGAAGCUGCAGCCCCCCAAAAACAGACCAGUUCCCCUGCAGGGGCAUGCAUAGCCCCUCCCCCCACAACCCUGUCUCCCGCCAUGGGGCUGUCCGUCUGGGGGGGGGACCGAGGCUACAGCCACCUCAUUAAUAUGCAUUAAAAUAUAUUUAACGUU